AUGCCGUACACUAUGACCCGGCUAUCCGAGACUUUUUGGCGCGAACGCGAGGAGAGAAGUUGUGUGAUUUGUUUUAUUUUGUCUAUUCAGUGUUUCUUCAGGUUUAAAUGUGUAAUUAAGACGGAGGAACCUACUACUUAUCCAAAGGCGAGUGAAAACAACCACCCUUGGAUAUCCCUGGACACAAUAGUAUUUCCAAGUACUUAUGUAAUGUCAAGAUCUCGACGUCAAGAUCAUCGUGAAGAUCUACAUUCUUCAAAGACCACGGUGCUCCAACGGUUACGCCCGGCUCAGUACAGGUACAAAAAGCAAAAAGAUAAGAAGAACACUCUGAAGCAAUUCCAUACCAGCGUAUUUGUGGAAAUGAGAAUUCUUAAUUAGAACAGAAUCCUACAAGAAUAAAUGUUCAAAUUUGUAAUUUGUUGUAACAGUAAUUGUAGAUCUAAUAUAUACGACUAUUGCGAGUAACACAAACGAUGGGUAUCUGUUUAAUAAAUUAAUUUAAAAUUAUAGUCGAAAGAAAAAUAAAAUAACACGAAUCCGCAUUAAAGUCAUUUUAGUAAAAAAGAGGUGCCUUAUUCCUUUUAGGUAAAUAGAGUGGCAAUUAUUCGUCCUUAAUAUAUUUCGAUAAUAAAAUCGAAGUUUUAACGGCACUGGAAUGAUGACAAUGAGAACAAGUCGCUUCGUUUCUCAUUUCUUCAGUUUCCGUCAGCCAUACACGUAAGUAAUUUAAACUAUUUAUUUGGUUUCAUAUCGAGUUAAUAACUUUUAUUAUAUUAUUUCCAACAUUUCAAAUACUUGGCACUUUUCGUGGGCACGAGCAACUAAGAUGUGUAUCGUUGGUCGAAAAUUUAAUAUUUGUAGCUGUAAAUUUGUAAGUGUAGUCUAAUAAUAAAAAUCACAUUAUAGAAUAAAAAAUAAUAAACAAGAGAAUAAGCCGCUUAUUAAAUAUUAAGCACGUUUUUAUUUUUUAAAUAUCAUUAACAAUCGAUACCUUUUUUUUUUAAAUUAACACAGUAACUCGAUUAUUGACGAAACAAAUAUUAACAUCACCCAGUGUGUGUACGGACCAAAAUCGUUAAUAAAAUAUAUUGCGUAUGUGAUUUUUAGUAUUUGUAUGUGAUGUUACACCUCGCGUUCAUUGAUUCUAUGUUAAAAGAACUGACGCUUACGGUGACGAUGUUACACGAUUAAACUCUGUUGUCUCUGUCAAACAAUUUAUAAUAAAAAAAUGUUUAAAAAAACAAAAUACUAGUCUAAAUACUCGUACUGGGUGUUAGGAGACCCGCUUCCAAAAACGAAGACAGACGAUAGUACUAAUGACACCUUUCAUGAUGGGAGGGGAAAAAACCGAUCGUGAUUUAAAAAAAAAAUCUUAUUUUUAAAACAUUUAAUUAGCAUGAUUUACGCUCCAUCGUGUUAGUAUAGCUAAAUGAAACGAUAGUUUCAUAAAAAAAUACAUUA